AUGGCAGCAGACGAACAGAAAGCGCCCGCCGCGGCAGCGUCGAGCCUGCCGUGCGAUGCGUUCCGCGAACUGCUCGCGCAUAGUACCGCGCUGCUCGAGGCCGCGGUUGCCAGGGGCGACGGACGCUACGUGGUCAGGCUUAUGCGCCACUUCAAGACGCUGCGCAGCCUUCUCAAGAACUACACCUCGUCCACCCUGCCCGUGCUCAGACAGUCGAUCGCGGUAUACGCCAAUGGCUCUCCCGGCUGCAGCCUGGCAUCGCUCGCACUCGAGCUUCUCAAGGAGGACGUCGUCAUGGCGCCGACGAAGGAAGGCGACGGCAACGUGAGGGUACACUACACCAUGGCGCCCAUGCUCGGCAUCGAGGAGUUCCUCGCCAAAAACACGAACCUCGACGAAACCAAGAUACUCCUACUCACCCUUGCGCUCAUAUAUCUCAUGGACACCGCGCAGAUUGCGGAAGCCAUGCGCCUGGCCGAGCAGUUCGCGCAGUACGUGCUGGACUUCAAGAAGAGGUCGAUCGACCGCCUGGCCGCGAAGGUGUACUUCUACUACUCCCGGGUGUUCGAGCUGGGAGGACGGUUGCCAGAAACGAGGACGCUCCUGAUGAGCGCGUAUAGGAAGGCGUGCCUGCACCACGAACCCAUGACAGAGGCCGUUACGCUGAACUGCGUCAUGAGGUACCUAGUGCAGCACAGACUCUACUCGGCCGCCGCGACGCUCCUGAGCAAGACAUCGUUCCCCGACAAUCUCAGCUCCAAUGCGCAAUACGCAAGAUAUCUCUUCUACUACGGAAAGAUACUGGCGGUGCAGCUGGAGUACUCGGAGGCGUAUAACAAGCUAAUGCAGGCGCUGAGGAAAGCGCCGCAGUCGGACAAGACCGCGUUCGGGUUCAAGCUGGCGGCGACGAAAAUGACGAUUAUCGUCGCGCUGCUCAUGGGCGACGUGCCCAGCAAGAGCACAUUCACAAACCCGCAGAUGAAGGGGAGCCUGGCGCCAUAUGAGAAGGUGGUCAUAGCCGUAAUGAACGGCGAUCUCGCAGCGUUCUCUAGCGUGUGUGACAACCACAGGGCGCAGUUCGAGAAGGAUGGCACCCUCUUCCUAAUCGCACGACUAAGGCACAACGUCAUCAAGGGUGGGCUGCGGAAAAUCACCCUCGCCUACUCCCGCAUCCCCAUCGAAAAGGUUGCGCAGAAACUGGGAAUCAACUCCAUAGAGGACACGGAAUGCAUCAUAGCGAAGGCGAUACACGACGGCAUUAUCGAUGCUACCAUUCAUCACGAUGAGAAGUACAUGCAGUCGAAGGCCAACGUCAACAUAUACGCGAGCGACCAGCCAAUGAGGGCGUUCCACAAGCGCAUCAACUUCUGCCUGAAGCUGCACGCCAAUGCCAUACAGGCUAUGCGGUACCCAGACGAGCCAGAUGUUAUCAAAAACCAGACGCCGAGCGACGCCCUUGACGAGGAACAGAUUGCAGCGAUCGUUGAAGAAGAAGGGCUCGGUGACGGGGAUAUACUCUAA